GGAAGAUGGCGUCCUCUGACAAGUCUCAACCUGUCCAUUCUCCGUCCAAAAUGAGCUUGGAAAGUGUGGGAAACAUGGAUAUGACGAAGGCUGGGCGGGGUAUCUGGCUGGUAAAGGUUCCCAAGUAUUUGGGUGAUAAAUGGAAAGAAUGCGCAGAUUCUGAAGUUGGAACGGCAUAUCUUACCAAAGUUCCUGGCAAACUUGCAAAAGUAACAUUUGUGCCAAAUGAACAUACUUUAGGGAAUUGCAAAUCCGCUUUGGAGUACGUGUUUGCCCAACGUGAUAAUGAAAAUUUGACGCUUGGUGUUUUCUCUGAAUAUAUUUGUGUGUUGUCAGCGAGUCCAGACUAUAUACAGUUGAAGAAAGAUCUUACAGUUAAAGAUGGCCAGGAUCGUCUCAAAACAAAGACCAUAGACAGCCCUGCUAACACCAGUAUGUCAAGGGCACACAAACGUAAUCACUGUAAUAAAAAAUACAGGUGGCGGCGUAAUGAAAAUGAGAUAAUGGAUAUGAUAUGGGGAGCAUUUGAGAAGCACCAGUAUUACAGAGUUAAGGACCUUGAGCAGAUAACCAAACAGCCAUCUAGAUAUUUACAAAAAAUCCUUAAGAAGAUAGGCAUUUAUAAUAUUGAGGGACCAUUCAAGAGAAUGUGGCAGCUGAAACCUGAGUACUGCUGUUACUAGUGAAGUAAAGCCUGUAUAUAAAGCAUUGACACGAGGACUCAUUCUGUAAUUUACUGUAAUUUUGUUUUUACGAGAAUGA